AUGGCUUCUGCCACGGUGCCGAAAUCUGUUCUUAUUACCGGAUGCUCACCCGGGGGUAUCGGCUACGCUUUGGCUGUUGCCUUGCAUGAGCGAGGCUGGAAAGUCAUCGCCACAGCUCGCUCUACCGACGCUAUUGCUGCUUUGGACGCUAUAGGCAUUCAAACGGUUCCACUCGAAGUAACGAACGAUGAAUCCAUCGCGUCGUGCUUCAAACAUACUCGCUCCGCCACCAAUGGACGAGGUCUUGAUAUGUUCAUCAAUAACGCAGGUGUCAGCUACACAGUUGCUGCCCUUGAUAUGAACAUCAGCGAGGUCCGUCAAAUAUUCGAUACGAACGUCUUCGCCGUCAUGGCUCUCUGCCAAACAUUUACACCACUGCUCAUGCAGGCCAAAGGUACUAUCGUUAUGAUAGGUAGUCUAGCGGGUGUCAUACCUUAUGUGUUCGGAGCCGGUUACAAUGCAUCGAAAGCGGCUCUGCAUCAAUAUGCUAACACCCUCCGCGUCGAGCUCGCUCCUUUCGAUGUCAAGGUCAUUACAGUUGUUACGGGCGGAGUGGCUUCGCAGCUGACGAAGCAUGUCACCCGGAGCCUUCCUCCAGACAGCUACUACUCACAGCUCGAGGAUGUCUACCAGGAGCGGCAGAAGCACUCGGCAUCAGUGGGAAUCACUCCAGACCAAUACGCCAAGGAUGUGUUGCCACAAAUUCUUCCCGGAGGCGGUCCGUGGCCCUGGCGAUGGUUUCUCCGCGAUGCGCGAAAGAAAUGGAUCUGGGCUGGUGGUCAGAGUGGCCGUGUCUGGUUCUUGUCUGGUGGAUGGCUGUGGAGCAGUGUGUUUGAUGUUUUUUUCACUCUGAAGUUUAAGCUCAACACUCUCAAAGAAAAGCACAAGACCGCCUAA